UCUGUAUAUAUGGAUGUUUAAUAUCAAAUGCAUAUAUGCCUUUGCAAACACAGAUUCAGAAAUGCAACGCUGCUUGGAAAGAUAGAUUCCUGCAGUGCAGGGAUUCCAAAGAAGAAAAGUGAGAUGUGAGCCACCGCAACGGCUUAAAAUUAACCCUCUCGGUCUUGGCACAUGCAUGUUUGGUUUCUUGUUCGAUACACCUUUCCUUUUUGCAAGUGCCCGUUGGAUUUCAGAUUUAGAAAUUAGAAUCCCGCCAUUUGUUGGUUGUGAAGCUUCUGCGACUACUACUGAGAGACAAGACAGACAGACUACUUCCAAGUUCAAGAAGGUGUUGAUUUUUUUGGAUGACCGCACUUAUGCGACUCCAUGUGCUCGUGCUCUUGAUUACACAGGUGUUGAUUUCUUAAGAAGUGUUGAUUUCUUACUCUGCAUCUCACUAAUCAGUUCUACAGGUGCAGCUAGCUCGACUUCAGAGCUACGCUUAAGCGUAUAGUAGGACGUCCGGCUGAAUUUUCUUUGUAAUAUAUAUCUAUAUAUCUACAUAUGUAUAUGUAUAAACACACAUAAUUACGUAGUCUACUCCAAAUUAAGUACUAAGCGUGCAAUGAUGAUCGAUGCGAUGGGGCUUCUUCCCACGAGUAUUACUCUGGUGUUGCUUCUUGUCAUCACUCGGAUGUUCAGCAGCAGCUGGUUGCCAAAUACCAAAGCUCAAUCCACUACAAGUGCAACGGCCCUUGAUGCACUUCUCCAGGACUACGCUUACAGGGCAUUCGUCCGUGUUCGUCCUCUGAGGACGGGCAUUGCCUACGAUGGAACUGUAGUACUGCCAUCCAACUUAACAGGCAUUACGAUCUCAGCAAUGAGGCUCCGAAGCGGUAGCUUGAGAAGGAGAGGCGUUCCGGCAUACAAAGAAUUCCGUAUUCCUGUGGGAGUUGUCGUGGAGCCAUAUGUAGAGAGGCUACUUCUUGUCUACCAAAAUUUGGGGAGCAAUUGGUCCACGGCGUACUACCCUUUACCCGGUUACACAUACGUAGCUCCAUUGUUGGGUCUGCUCGCUUACGACGCAUCAAACCUAUCAGCCAAGGAUUUACCCGAAUUGGAUAUGAGGGCAUCGGAUCAACCCAUUUCAAUCAAAUUUUCAGACGUGAAAUUGGUGCCUGGUGGGUCCUCAGUGGUUCCGAAAUGUGUUUCGUUUGGCUGGCAUGGAUUGCCUAACUUCACCAAUGUUGUAUCUGGCAAUAUGUGUUCGACGUUCCAACAGGGACAUUUCUCUAUUGUGGUUGAGUCCAUUGCGCCCACUAGUCCGACUCCAAGUGGCCGUGGAGGAAAUAAUAAGAAUAAUGGUAACAAGCGCUGGAUAAUUGCCGGGUCAGUGCUAGGAGGAGGCUUAGGCUUGUUGGUUUUGAUGGGAUUCCUGCUGCUGAGGUGCUAUCGGAGGAAGAAAUUGCGAGAGAUGGAAGAUGCUGCAGAUGCAGGGGAAACUCUGCGCAUGACUCGUGUUGGAAACACGAAGGUCCCAUCUGCAAUGCUUACGCGGACACAGCCGACCACAGAGCCAGAGCCAGAGCCAGAGGGCGAAUAUGUCCACGAAUAACUAGUACGUACUCACGCACGCACGCGCCCUGUAUUCUCCAAUUCACAUUCACAUUCCAUAUUAUUCAUUCAUGCGUUUAAUAUACGCAUACAUUCAGCCAUUCCCACUGGUGUUUCCUUGUGAUGCUUGUUCAGCCGUUCCCACUGGUGUUUCCUUGUUACGUUUGUUCUUCCCCCCCCCCCCCCGCGCGCGCGCGCAGAAAUAUAUAGAAAAAUGUUACUUGUACAAAUAAUUAAAUUAUUAAAAAAAUGAUCGAAAACACUAAAUAACAAAAAUAUUCUCACUUAAUUUAUCGUCGUUG